UCUUCUUGUAACAGGCGGCUUGCUGACUGAUCUCACUAACAGGGGCUUCUGUGUAAGCUGAGGCUAAACAAACACAGAUGGAGCCCAGUGUGCAUUCAACAAAAAUGCUGGCAAUGCGGCAGGGACAUCAAAUGACACACUGACUGCCCGGGGAGCACUGAGCUUCCCCACUGCAGCUGCACAGCACCCACCACCACCACCACUGCUACACCCUGUGUGCCCAGCCAUGAAAAAACCCCAGGUCCUGCAGGAGAGCCCAUGGAAAACCCACUGCAUCAAGGACAUUCAGGCUGUAAAGAGGCUGAAGAGGAAGAACAGGGAGGUCAAUGGUUUCAGAAGUUUCAAAGUGGACAUGAAAGUGGAAGAGGUGGUAGUGGGAGCAGGGCAGCGCAGCCCGGCGGCGGCGACCACCUCCAGCGCAGUAACAGCAGCAACAGCAGCAGGGCGGCUGGAGAUGAUGAGUGAGGAGGAAGAGGACUGCCCUGAGGCUUUGGAUUUAAGGAAUGGGGCAUUGGUGGCAGCCCCAGCUGGCAGCUCUCUUGCUAAGCAGGGGUUAAUGAAAGCUGGGGGGCUGCUGGAUGGUUUUGGGGAGCAGAGGCUGCAGCCCAGGAUCAUGGUGUGUCAGAGACCCCCAGACAGCUCCUACUUGUCAGUGACUUACAAUAAGGGGCCAGACUCGCCGAGGACAAGGCUGGGGGAGACAGCAGGCGUCUCUACAGAGAUCAAAGCCAUCCAGCAGACUCGUAGACUGCUGGCUAAUGCCAGGGAGAGGACCCGGGUACAUACCAUCAGUGCUGCCUUUGAGGCUCUCAGAAAACAGGUUCCGUGUUAUUCAUAUGGACAGAAGUUAUCUAAAUUGGCCAUUCUGAGAAUAGCCUGUAAUUAUAUUCUCUCCUUAGCCCGCCUGGCCGACCUUGAUUACAGCGCAGAUCACAGUAACUUAAGUUUCUCCGAGUGUGUAGAGCAAUGCACAAGGACGUUACAAUCAGAAGGAAGGUCUAAAAAAAGAAAGGAGUGACAUGCGGGUCAUAUCUAGUUUCACAGAAAAUCUUCCAAGCAGGGUUUCCUCUAGUCCUGGCAAACAUGAGAUGGUAAAUCCUGAAGACAGCUUUUGGCACCAACCUUUGGAAAAGACAUCUGGAUAUAAAGUUUUCUAUCACAAAGCCAGAGAGAGAGAGA